GCAAAUUAAUCUUCUGUUCCUGUGUUGUACCAUCCAUCCAUCCAUCUAUCCAUCAUCACCCGUCUGUCUCUCUCUCACACGCUGUUCUGCAUGUCACAAGUCAGCUGCAGAUUUGUUCUCAUGUGUUUAACUCGCCCACUGUCAUCUGACACACAUCCCUGAUUUACGCUGCAUGCAUGCGUGUGUGUGUGUGUGUGUUUGCUGUCCCCCAUCGCUCAGCUCCAACCUACUUUCUAAAUGCGUCCAUCAUCAGCAGCCUGUAGAUCGCACACACACGCGCAUGCUCUCAGCAGGUGACAUGACUCAGAUUCACAAGCGUUAAAAGAUGCAUGGACUGCGCUAACCUUUAGAGGAGCCCUGCUGCGUGUGUGUGCAUGCAUGUGUAUGUAACACAACAAACCUGGUCUCAGAGAAACACGCAUACCAUGUGUGCAGGUUGCAUGCAUGUGAAGAUGCAUGGCCUGCAGUAACCUCUCGUGAAACCCUGCUGUGUCAGUGCGACUCUGAACACACAUGCAGACCAUGCAUCUUUUCAUGCAUGUGUGCAUUUUGUCAUGCAUGAUUAUUUGUUUACAGUUGAGGUAUUGCAGGUUGAGAUUUGCUUUGUAUCGUGCGUGUCAUUCAUUCAUCCAGCUUGUUUUGGGAGUGAAUUGCAACGUUGCAUUUAUGAAUGAUUCAUUUCAGAUGCAUAGUUACUGUCCUACAGUGUGCUGUCUAUCGUGCACCGAGGACAUGCGCUUACUGUUUCAGAUUGUUUAUACAUUUAGUGUGAUGUUGUGCACGUAGAGAUAUUUUCAGAACGAAAGUGGGUCACGCCGCGUCUCUCUCACUCUGAGCGUGGGAGUUUUUGUUCAGCUUGUAAACAGACGUGACCACUCACUCAAAUGACAGAGCUGUUAAAUAGUGUGGUUUCAUAUCAGAUGUUUACGUGGCAUGACAGCGCAACUUAUGUUUUCAUUGUGUGCAUGCAGCUGGAUAAAAGCGAAGUGUCCACUCUCAGUCUACCGCCCUCCGUGAGCCAUGGCGGGUCAGACGGGAACAUCAGCGUGGAGGCAGGGUUAGACGGGGCAGGCGGCGAGGUCCAGAGAACACGAGCGGCGCUGGAACACCUGCAGCAGAAGAUCCUGAAGAUCACCGAACAGAUCCGCGUGGAACAGGAGGCCCGUGACGAUAAUGUGGCCGAGUAUCUCAAACUGGCCCACAAUGCGGACAAACAGCAGGCGUUGCGCAUCAAACAGGUGUUUGAGAAGAAGAACCAGAAGUCUGCGCAGAUUAUUGCACACUUGCACAAGAAGCUCGAGCACUACCACAAGAAACUCAAAGAGAUCGAGCAGAAUGGUCCUGCGCGACAGCCCAAAGACGUCUUGAGGGACAUGCAGCAGGGGCUGAAGGACGUACGUGCCAAUAUGCGAGCGGGAAUCAGUGGUUUUGGAGGGGGCGUGGUGAAAGAAGUCAAGGGCGGAGUCUCUGCACUCACGCACACCGCCGUCGUCUCAAAACCCCGAGAGUUCGCCAGUCUCAUCCGCAACAAGUUUGGCAGCGCUGACAACAUCGCCCACCUGAAGGACACUCUGGAGGAUGGGCACACGGAGGAGACGCCCAGAGCUCUGAGUGGCAGCGCCACGCUGGUCUCCAGCCCCAAAUACGGCAGCGACGACGAGUGCUCCAGCGCAACUUCCGGCUCGGCGGGUGGAAGCAACUCCGGCGGGGCGGGAGCGGCAAUGGGCAGCCCGCGACUGGACGGACAUCACCACCACCAUCAUCACCACCACUCCUCGUCUUCCUCUUGGGAUGCCCUUCUGGAAGGCCUGCAGGAGAUCAAAGUCGGUCAGGUGCAUAUGGAGGACGCCAUCGAGGACAUGAAAGCGCAACUGCAAAGCGACUACAGCUACAUGACCCAGUGCUUGCAGGAGGAGCGAUACAGAUACGAGCGUCUGGAAGAGCAACUCAAUGACUUGACAGAACUCCAUCAGAACGAGAUGAGCAAUCUGAAGCAGGAGCUGGCCAGCAUGGAGGAGAAAGUGGCGUACCAGUCGUACGAAAGAGCGCGAGACAUCCAGGAAGCAGUAGAGUCCUGCCUCACCCGCAUUACCAAACUGGAGCUGCAGCAGCAACAGCAGCAGGUGGUGCAGCUGGAGGGCGUGGAGAACGCGAAUGCCCGAGCUCUGCUGGGAAAACUCAUCAACGUCAUCCUGGCCCUGAUGGCGGUACUGCUGGUGUUCGUCUCCACCAUGGCCAACUUCAUCACGCCCCUCAUGAAGACGCGCGCCCGGGUCGGUGCCACCCUCGCCCUUGUGCUCUUCCUGGUCACACUGUGGAAACACUGGGAUUGGCUUGAGCUCUGCCUGUUGCCCAGCUGAAGAACGUGAACUAAACACACAUCCAGAACUUAAACUCUAACUGUGACGCAUCCCUUCCAUCGUACCAGAAGUGGGUGAGACCUUGAAGGACGUACAAGAAAGAUCCAUCCAUGGCUUCAGUAAGGAGAUACGUGGCCUGAAGAUGGUGCUAUAGGCCAUGGCUCUACAUUUCCUGUCUUUUCCUUCUGAAUGGGUUUCUUUUAGGGCUGUGCGAUUAAUAAGGAAGCGCAUCUUCGGUUCUAUAAUCAGUAGUAAAUCUCCAUCAAGUGCUUUCAGAUG